AUGUCAGGCACCUCCAACUUCCAGGCCAAGAAGUCGGCGCCCACCAGACACAACACACCCCUCCUCCACAACCAGCUCCAGUGUCUACAGCAGCUCAACCUCCGUCUCAGACUCAACAACCUCAAGUCUCAACGCCAUCUCAGCCUUCAUGGGGCCAAACGCCAGGCUCAGGAGAAUCCCAAUGGGACCAGUCUCCAGCCCAAUUGGAGUCUCCAUGGGAUCAAGCCCCAAGUCAGCCUCCCUCUCAUGAUCAACCUCAGAAUAGUCAACCUCAGCAACAACUGCGCCAAGCCAAGUCGCCCCGUAUUCUCGCUUGCCAGCUAUGUCAAGGAAGAAAGAUCAGGUGCAAUCGAGUGUUCCCCUGCGACAAUUGCAAGAGGGUUGGCUGUCCCACAUCACUCGACCAUCUUGCCGAAGCAUGCUAACCUUACCUCGCAGUCCAAUGUUCCAUGCAUACCCAGUAAACCGGCCCCGCUCAGGAAACGUCGGCCACCACACCAAGCGCUCCAGGAAAAGUUGGCUGCCGUGACGGAGAAGAUGGAGCAAAUGAGGCGUGAAAUGGAUGCUGCGAAAGCGAGUGGCCAGGGUCUGGCUAUUCCCGCCACACCCGCACCCACCACUUCUUCUUGGGAUUCCAAGGGAAACCCGAGACUGAUCCAGGAGGAGGGCGGUGUUCGUUUCAUGGACUCCCUGUUGGGCACCAUGUACCAAGAGCUAGGGGAAAUAAGAGCCAUGGUGGACACUUCGCCAGACGAUGGCUCAGAUCUGAUUCUCGGGGCCGACACUCCGACCUUUGAUCCCAUGUCUUCCUGGCCUCAGCCCGGUGCUGUUUGGCAGCUCUGUGACAUUUUCUUCCAGAGAGUCAACCCCUUGAUGAAGAUCAUCCACAGGCCGACACUGGAGAGAUAUGUCGCGGAAGCUUCUAGUGGACCGUUCGGGCUUCGUCCCAACAUACGAGCCUUGUUCUUCUCCAUCUUUCUAAUGGCAAUCGUGUCUUUGGAUGCAGACGAGUGUGCGCAGCGGCUGGGCUACCACAGAGAGCAGGCUCUUCAGGAUUUUGCUCAAGGUGCUCGUUUGACAUUUACAUCGCUCCAAGGCCGAUCCAAUCCUCACGCCACUUGGGUUUUGAUUGGCACUGCUAUACGCCUGGCUCGAAAGUUAGGUCUUCACGUCGAUGGCAAACGAUUAGGGUUGCCACCUCUCGAAACCGAGAUGAGAAGACGGCUUUGGUGGCAGCUUGUUGUGCUCGACGCCAAAACCGCAACAAUAUCCGGCUUCAAGUCUGCGGCGGUUGUGCGAGACUGGUCCACCGAACUCCCCAGAAACCUUGAAGACACCGACAUGCAUCCCGACGCCAAAGAAGACUUUGUAGAACGCGACGGUCCCACCGAGAUGAUCUUCUGCCUCAUGUCCUAUAAAGCCACCGAUUUCCUCCUCACCAGCGGGCAGGAUUUUGAAGGUGUCAUGAUCGCGGCCGACCUCCCAGGCGGCCAAGCUCCUGGUUCCGACGACCAACGUCACCGCCGCACCGUCGAACAACUAGCGCUCGAGUUGUCAGCGUUUACGGACCGCUACCACUUGCACCCCGCCAACGGCCCGGUGCAUGCCCUGGCCUUCAAGUUCAAGGAAUUUUUCAUCAAGAAGCUCUGCAGUGCCAAACCUCAACCCCCUCCCACUUCUGAUCAACAAGGCUUCAACGAUGUCGACCGCGCUUUCAGGCUAGCCAUCAUCGACCUCGAACACCACGAACUCAAUAUGCUCAACGACGACCCCGCCUUCUUCUGGUUUUCGCGCGUGUACUUCCAGCCAUUCAACUUUAUGUAUGUCGUUUCGCAGCUGUGCCAAUUCCAGUCCCCGUCCGCCAGUGAUAAGCACAUGGAGACAGCAAGCGCCAAGACCGACUUAAUCGAUCGCGCCUGGCGGCAAAUUUCCUUCGUUUAUCGGCUCAAUCCCGACCUAUUCGACACGUCAAACCGGUUGUACUCACAAAUCGCUCGCAAAGUCCUUGAAGCUUGGCAGAAAAGGUCCGAAACGCUGCUUAGGCAGACGGGGACACGGCCACCUGCUCCGCCCUACGUCGAAAAGCUUGCGAAUGUCCUGGGUAACAAUAACAUGAACAGCGGCUCUCUGGGAGCAACACGAACAGACACAGGGACAAUACCAACGGCCACGACAUUGGCCCAAACGGCAGGAACUGGGCUUGCCGGUGGUAAUGACACGUCGUCGCUCAUGCCCGGGCCUUCUGUUGUUACAGGUCCGGGUGCUGCUUCUGUCCCCACUACGCAUGCACUGGGCCAAGGGCAAACGCAAGAACCGCCGCCAUUCAUGGAAGGUGUCGUCAACUAUAUGGACCCAAACAUGGCCUUUUCUGGAAACAUGUGGGGAGAUGAUGGGUUUGGCGAUCAAUUUCAGCAGCCUCAGAUGCCGAUGAUGGACAUGAUGGAGGAUCCAACGACUGGUAUGAUGUACAGCGGUCCGCCUUAUUAUUAUCCGGAUACGGAAGGAGACGGGGAGCCGUCUAGGGGAAUGUGGUAAUGCGGUGGGGUGGUGGUGAGGUGAUAGCCAUUGAGCCUCUACCCAUCGUCGGUCGGCCUUUCGCCGUGUGUACGAAUGUCGGAGCCAGGUUGUACGGCACGGUUCUCCAUCAGCGUUGGAACAUGAUACCCUGGAUUCCUCUUUCCUUUUUGUUCGCUUUAGUUUUAGCAUCGCAUCGCCCCUCAGCUUAUUUG